AUGGAAGGCUACGGCGUUUCACAGCAAACAGACGAGGGCUAUUCCGAAGACCCCCUGAACCCGCCGUCGCCUGCCAACCUGCCUCUUUCUUCCAAUGUCAAACAGUUGGAAUCCGGAACAGGCGCCUCCCCGCUCCAAAUCAAAGGAUGGCUGUCGGCGCACAUAGCAAGCCUGCCCGCAGAGCUGAGGACUCAACUGACCCUCGAGCUCCUCGAUAACCUGCCCACCAGCCUUGUUGCCGAGAUCGUCGAGAAGAUGAGCCCGCGCCUGUACAUCGACUUCAUCAGAUACCUGCCCGCCGAAAUAUGCCUCAAGAUCCUCGGAUAUCUUGACCCCGUCUCCUUGCUGUCCGUCGCCCAGACAUGCCGCCCCUGGUUCAGCCUAGCCCUCGACCGUACGCUAUGGCAACGUCUGUACCAUAUGGAGGGAUGGAAGGUCAUUGCUUCCGAGAUAGAAGCCGCAGAGGAGCUUGCCAACAGGAGGACCUCGCCCGGCUCUAUGCACCGCCAGAAGUCGGAGGAGGAUGGCCACACCCACAAGAAGCGGGCCGUGUCCCUGGACGAGGACGAGGACCACCUUAUGAUGGACGCCGACCACCUCCUGACCGCCGAGCCCAAGACCCUCGAGGUCGACGAGUCCCUAUUUGGCGGCAGCUCCACCCGGACGAACAUGACGCCAGCCUUGAGGGACCUCAACAUGCAGGGAUCUGGGUCGAGCGCUGGCUCCUUCAUGAGGGUGAAGACGCUCGACAAGGGCAAGGGCAAGGCAGUACCGCGCACCCCGACUGUUGCGCUCUCUCCGCCCGCCUCCUCAUUCAAAUCGAAAUUAUGGAUCUACGACGCGUCGUCUGGCAAGCAGAAGAUCAACUGGCAGUACCUCUACUCGAUGCGGAUGAAGCUCGAGACCAACUGGGAGCAGGGCAAUUUCAAGAACUUCCAGCUGCCCCAUCCGGACCACCUGGACGAGGGCCACAACAAUGAGUGCAUAUAUAGUCUACAGUACAACGAAGAAUACCUGGUGAGCGGAAGUCGCGACCGUACGCUGCGGAUAUGGAAUCUCGCCACGAGGCGGCUGGUCCGGAAACCGCUCGUCGGUCAUAUCGGCUCUGUCCUUUGUCUCCAGUUCGACUCGGACCCGGAGGAAGAUAUUAUUGUCUCGGGUAGCAGUGACUCGGAUGUGAUUGUCUGGCGCUUCUCCACCGGGGAGAUCAUUCAACGACUGACACACGCACAUCGAGAGUCAGUUUUGAAUGUCAAAUUUGACAAGCGCAUCCUCGCCACAUGUUCCAAGGACAGGACCAUCAAGAUCUUCAACCGCCGUGCCCUGAAGGCAGGCGACGCGGGCUACGGCAUGGUCAACCCGGUACCUACCACUGUGAAGAGGUAUGGGUACGAGUCCUCGCCGCUGGAUCAGCUCCCGACAAUCCCACCGUUUACCAUGAUAGGCGUCCUUGAGGGCCACAGCGCGGCAGUCAAUGCGGUACAGAUAGUAGACAAUGAGAUCGUCUCAGCCAGUGGCGAUCGUCAGAUAAAGGUCUGGGACUGGCAGACCGGUGCUUGCAAGAGGACGUUUGUCGGCCACAACAAGGGUAUUGCCUGUGUGCAGUAUGACGGCAAGCGCAUCGUCUCUGGUAGUAGCGAUAACGAGGUGAAGGUCUUCUGUCGGGAGACGGGUAUAGAAGUCGCCAGCCUUAGGGACCACACCGAUCUGGUCCGGACAGUACAGGCUGGCUUCGGCGACCUCCCAUGGAGUGUUGAAGAGGACGCAGCUGAGGCCAGACGAGUAGACCAGGCGUACAUGAAGGCGGUAGAGGAUGGCGAGGUCUCCUCGUCGCCGCGUCGUGGCCGUCCUGGGAACGCCGGAAGCACGGAUCCCGAGGAGAUAACGGCUUAUGGAGCCAAGCUGCCGCCCGGGGGUGGUGGCGGGAGACGAUGGGGCAGGAUUGUUUCCGGGUCUUACGACAAGUCAAUAAUCAUCUGGAGGCGGGACAAGACGGGCAAAUGGAAGCCGCAGCAUCACUUGAAGCAAGAGGAGGCUGCAUCCAGGGCGCUGCACUCGCAUCCCCGCCCACCGACCGAUCCUCCAGCACCCGGCAACAACCCCGGAGGAGCAGGGAAUGCCGGCUCCGGUGCCAACCCGAGAAGACAACAGCCUCCCACAGACUGGGCUCCGGCACCCAUCCUCCGACCGCGUGCCGCAAGGGCAAGCGCUUCCAGUUCGAUGGUUGCCAACCCGUCGGCUUCUUCUGCAGCAUCAGGUUCCUGGACGCCGGCCGGUUCAUCGAGAACACAGCCCGAACAAUCCGGCAGCUCAACGCAGGCGAACACAAGCGCGUCCAGGCCGCGAUUCUCGCACCCUGUCAUCCCGCGAAACCUCCCUCCUGUGCCUUCGGACCAGAUCACUCAUGUCACCUCGCCAGUCAUGGCAACCAUAACACCCUCAUCGCAGCGCUCCUUCGCGCAGCUGAUCGAUCUCAUCGUCCCACAGGGCGUCCAUGCCCUCCAGCAGGCCUUGUCAAACUACCCCACUAUGCUCACCCUGCAAAGCCACCUCCAAACAGCCAUCGACCGAGAGCAGAGCCCAUUUGUACGAUCACAGCUGAGGCAGGUAGUCAGCGCCGCGACGGUCCGCACGCAGGUUGCGCAGGCGAGGGCCCGCCAGCAGGGGAUGCAAGCUCUCCAAGCCGCCGAUGCUACUGCCAUUAGCGGCACAGAUGACGACGCUGGGGCUGGCAGCUCCGCAAACGCCGCCGCCACUGCUGCCGCCGGGGGUUCCAACUCGCACUCGAACUCAGCCCCGGCCACCGCCGCGGCAACCCCAACCGACGUGGCCGGCGGACCACCUGCUGGUGGCCAGCACCGGCUCAACCACCAUGGGGCGCCCGAGGUGGGGAUGCCGACGAGGAUCUACAAGCUGCAGUUCGACGCUCGCCGGAUCAUCUGUUGUAGCCAGACGAGCGUGAUCGUGGGCUGGGACUUUUGCAACGGGGACCCCGAGCUGGAGGAGGUAGCGAGAUUCUUUGCUACAAUGGAUUAA